AUGGCUUCAUUCAAGGAAUUAUCUCUCUCUCGUCCCUUCCCUCAAUCUACUCACCGUCACCACUCGCACUCCAUUUCCCUUGGUGCCGUCAACUCCAACCAUCGGGUGACUCGCCGGAAGAGCGUGACCACCACAGCCGCCGCCAACGCCGCCGCCGCAGUUGCUGCCUCCUUGAAAGAUUCUCCCGACUCCAUCGGCAUUGCCAUGCCCGCCCAUCGUCGAGGAAGUCGGAAAGGACUAGAAUCUAGUUCGCUCGGAGCUACUUCUGCCCUCAGCUCAUACCUCUCCCGCAGCGUGAACAGCCCUAGCCGGGACUCCCUGGUCGCCCGCAAGACUUCUCCCAGCCAACGCCAGGACGAUUCAACAAUGGCUCAGACCGCGGUGGAUGGAAGCGUGCCGCCUGGCAAACCCGUCAGCACGAAGAACAGAAACCGACGGGCUAGCGAAGGGUCGCAUCUGGUCGUCAAGGGCGAAGGAAAGGGUUCCAGGCCUGAACUUCGCUGCGAUCGUUGUGGGAAAGGGUACAAGCAUGGCAGUUGCUUGUCCAAGCAUAUGUGGGAGCAUGAUCCGGCAUGGGCGAUCACUUCCAAACUCUUGAUUUCCAAGCACCAGCAGGUGCAGCUCUUGGAAGCGGCUUCGGUUCUUGUCACCAUGAACGUGGACGACCCGACCGCGGAAAGCGCCGAAGCCGAGUCGGAGACGUCUUCAGCUUCACCAGACGCGUCCUCCGACCUCCGAGACGGUACUAGCUCUGCGGAGACUACACCACCACCGAUGGAUGAGGAUACCGGCGACGAUGACAUGUUGGUCGAGCCUGAGAAGCACUUCGACUUUGGCAACGCGGGUCCCCAGUACUCCCACUCCUUCCAGUCCAUCCCCUCGAGCUCGUUCACGGGCAGCGCGCCGUGGGCUUCCCCGGAAUUCUCGCACUUCCGGCACUCGAGCAUCGACACCCGUCCCUCUACCGCCGAAGCUAAGCUACACGACGACGACGAAGCGGAUUUGGCCGCUGCUAUCGGUCUCUGCAAUUUCGGGACACCCCGAAUGGGGCCGACGUCGAUGUCUCCUGGCGUUCCACCUGUGCCACCACUCCCAUCCCGCUUCCUGGACCAGGCCGGCUCUGCGGGGAACCACAAUCUAGGCCAGUCAGGGCCUACCGUUGCCAAUACCACUUUAGCAGGCUCCAACAAGGACACGUUCCUCUCCUUGUCCUACAAUCCGUCUCUGUCGUACAAGGUGUCGGACGAGCGUGAGGUACGAAUGGGGAACACCGAACGCAGCAACCGACAAACCCGCAAUGCCGAUGUUGAUUUCGGCAGCCGCCCCACUCACGCGGAUGACGACGACGACGGUGUUUUUGGGCGGAUGGAGGAAUAA